GGUGGACUAUCCAUUUCAACUGUAUCGUGGAUUAUCAGUAGGUUGCCUCCCACUUUUCUCAACGUUAUUUGGAAAGUCAGAGUGAAAGUAAAAUAGUUCAACUGCGAACCAAGACGAGGUCAGUUCAUCUGGAUACUUCAAAACUAUAAUAAUAAUAACGUCACAAAUAAUAACGUCACAAAUCCAGUGUGUGGGUCCUCCAGUGAGUUGGAGAGGAUUGAGGAACAAUGGCACCAUUUGAAACCUUGAUAUGGACUAUAACUAUUAUAUUGGUGCUUAAAAGCAUUGGAUCCUGUAUUGCAUGUGGUAGAGCUGAGUACAGAAUAGGGGAUGAAUGUUGUCCCAUGUGUUCACCAGGAAAUCAUGUACAUAAGCAUUGUACUGAAUUCACCAGCACCAGCUGUGUGCCCUGUGUUGAUGCUACAUUCCUUGAUGAGCCCAAUGGUCUCAUAAAAUGCAAAGUGUGUAUCAACUGUGAUCCAGGUUUGGGUUUGAAGGUAAAGCAGCCAUGUACACCUUCAUCAGACACUGUCUGUGGGACACUGGAGGGGUUCUACUGUCUAGACCCAACUAAGGAUGGUUGUAGAGCAGCCCAGAGACACAGCAGCUGUAAACCUGGUCAAUACAUCAGUAACACAGGAACAGCAUCUACAGAUACUGUUUGUGCUGACUGCACUGGUGAUACUUAUUCAGAUGGAUCAUUAACAUCCUGCCAGCCACACACACAGUGUAAAUCCUUAGGUCUUCAAGAACUUAGACCAGGAACUCAUUGGUCCAAUUCUGAAUGUGGACCACAAUCCUCAAGAAUAGAACCUGGAAUCAUCAUUGGUGUUGUGGCAUCAGUCCUAAUAGCUCCUAUAAUAAUAAUAAUAAUAAUAAUAAUAGUAAUUGUAAGGAAGAAAAGAAGUCCAGCAACAGUGACUUUUUCCCCAGUGACAGUAAAUGCUGUAGAGGCAUCAUCAGAUUUAGAGGAAACACCAAGCAAUGUAGUACAAUGAAACAGAAGAAAGUACAGCAUCUUGCAUGUGUUAGUUUUGUAAAUGAUUCCAGCUCUGACCGCACUCAUCAUUACAAAUGCUACCUGAGGAAUGGCAGACAAAGGAGCGGACCUCACUUAUGACUCCACUGUCUGAUGAAGAAACAAAGCCGCUUGAUGACAAUGGAUCCUCCUCAAGAGGUCAAAGGGCAGACAAACCUCUCAGGCAGUAACAUCCCAGUCUGCUUCAGUGGCCCAGAAAUCAGAAGCAACCCCAGACUCAGAGAUGGAUAGUGAUGAUUCGCUCACCCCCUGCCAUGUCAGCUGACCAGGAAUGAGGCAAGCCGCCUCGUUACCCCUGAGACUGUCUGGAGGCCUUCCUCUCCUCUGAGGACCCAGCGAGGGUAGAGCACAGUGAGACACUUCUACAGCCAGAGAGUGAAGAAAUGGAACAGCAAGGCCACAGAACAUGACAUACACAGAGCUGUGGGAGACCACCUGAAGCAUUCCCCUGGUAAAGCCAGAGGAUGGUGUUUACCACACCAACACCAACCAUCUCCAACAGGCUUGACAAGUGGGAUUGAUCUGUUUGAUCCAUUUGAUUUGUUUCAGUUUUCAUUAGUUGAAUCCUUUGACUUAUUGUUGAUUUAAAAAUAAAUAAAAUACAAAAAUGCACUGGAUUGGUUCAAAUGUGAUACUAAACUUACAUUAUUUUGACACAGAGGAAGAUAUACUGAAUUUAUACUGUUUUUGAUUAUAAGAUGGACCAAAAUAUAUGUUACUUUAGCACAUGUUUGUUCAUUAAUUUUGCAAGAAUGUUGAUUGGUCGGUCAUUGGGUUCAUUAGUUUAGCAACAUAUUGAUGCCAUUGAUUAAAAGAGUAAGAAUAUGAUGCGAUAUUCAACGCUUGUUUUAGUCCAUUGUUUGCAAAAAAUAUCAUCGUAAAAAAAUUGUCAGUUGGUUGCAUAAAUAAUGACGAUUACUAAAUGUUACAUGAAAUAUCAAAACCGAAUUGAAACGCCUUUGUUAAAAUGUAAUGGCAAUAAUUAACUUAAUGGUAAGGUAUGGAAUAAUAAAUGCAUAAUCCUUAUAUAAUAUUAUAAUAAUAUAUGCCAUUUAGCAGACGCUUUUAUCCAAAGCGACUUACAGUCAUGUGUGCAUACA